AUGGUUGCUGAAACCGAGGAACACUCUCACCAUGCCCUUCCCAUUGAGGUCGAGGGCGAGGACAACAUGCGCAACAGGCCGGCGGCUGGUAUCUCGUAUUUCACACCCCAGCAAGAUCCACCAGCUGGUACCGCGAUUGGAAUGAUAGAUGGUAGCUCUGAUAUCCCAAAGCUCUUCACUCCACUCAAGCUCCGGGGCCUCGAGAUACAAAACCGCAUAGCGCUUUCGCCACUGUGUCAGUAUUCCGCCGAGGAUGGCCACACAACAGCAUGGCACAUGGCUCAUUUGGGUGGCAUCAUCCAGCGUGGCCCUGGUCUUAGCAUUAUCGAGGCUACCGCAGUGCAAUUCGAGGGGCGAAUCACCCCUGAAGACUGCGGUCUCUGGAAGGACUCCCAGAUGGAGGGUCUCCGUAAGAUCGUAGAGUACGCCCACUCGCAAAACCAGAAGAUCGGCAUCCAACUCGCGCACGCUGGUCGCAAAGCUAGUACAGUAGCACCAUGGUUGAGCAAGGGAGACGUUGCUACAAAAGAGAUGAACGGCUGGCCGGACAAGGUAUACGCGCCAUCCGCGAUUGCUUUCAACGACAACCACUGCCAGCCUAAGGAGAUGACGAAAGAGGAUAUCGAGAAUUUCAAGACCGCUUUCAAGCAAGCUAUCGAGCGUGCACUGAAGGUCGGUUUCGAUACUAUCGAGAUCCACAACGCUCACGGAUAUCUCCUCCACUCAUUCCUGUCACCAGCCUCCAACAAGCGCACAGACAACUACGGUGGAUCCUUCGAGAACCGUAUUCGACUAACUCUUGAGGUUGUCGAUCUUGCCCGGAAAACCAUUCCAGACGACAUGCCCCUCAUCCUGCGCAUCAGCGCUACCGAUUGGCUCGAGGAGGCUGGCGUCGAAGGCUGGACCCUCGAGCAGACCGUCAAGCUCGCCGAGAUCCUUGCAGACAAGGGCGUGGAUCUCCUCGAUGUUUCUUCUGGUGGUCUUCAUGAGAAGCAGCACAUUCACGGCGGCCCCGGCUACCAAGAACCAUUUGCCAAGGCAGUCAAGGACAAGGUUGGCGACAAGAUGCUCGUCGGCACUGUUGGCUCCAUUACCGACGGCAAGCAAGCGAACGGGUAUCUUGUAGAUGACAACUUGGAUGUGGCGUUUGUUGGACGCAUGUUCCAGAAGAACCCAGGACUUGUUUGGUCGUUCGCCGACGAUCUUGGUGUUGAGGGUCGCUGGGCUAACCAGAUCCGAUGGGGCUUUGGUGGCCGCGGUAAGAAGUGA